CUGAAAAGUUUGGGGACCACUAACUUAAUUGUGUCUUACAUUUUUCCCAAAUGAGGUUUGGCUGUUACAUCCAUCAGUUUCAAUGAGGUUUAACCCAACCCGUAACAAUACCAAGGGGGUUCUAAGGAGCAGGAAAUUCUCAUGACAGAACAAGGAUGAGAGCUCUCUGGAGCAGAACUAUAGAAAGCUAGUUGCCAUGGCAGCUGUGAAUCAUCUUAAACCAUAGUCAUUUUAGAAGUUAAAAAUGAUAAAAGUGGCCUUCGUUGUAUCUCAGGUACUUAUUGAAAUCAGAAAAACGCAAUGAACUAUGCUGACCAUCUGUGGGCAGCCACUGGGGAAUUACUUGUGCCUUUAGUUGAAGUAACCUGCUACAGAGUGAAUUGUGGUUUGGCUUUCCUCUGCUGAGAGGAAAUUCACAUGUAGGAAGGAGCGUUCAGUGGCAUUGCCAAGAUUUACAGUUUCUUUUGUAUCUUCCAGAGCCUUGUGCAGCACAGAAGGCCUGAGGCCUUUUCCAGCAUAAAGAGUUUAAAAUAUGUAAAGACUGUGCAUGCUACGGGAGCUUCUGGGAACGGUUUCAGCACUUUGUAUUUUCUCCCCAUUUUGUGCUUGUUCAUCAAAGGGAAGGGGAUUGUGCAGCUCUACGGCCACCUCCCCCUUCACCAGAACAGGAUCUCGACAGAAGGCCACUGCUGCUUUGGUUUGGAAAAGGCUACAUCAUAGACAGAAAAGAGAAAGAUGGGCAGGGCCUGGAACAACAUUGAAAUUAUGGAUGGCUCCACUGCUAGACCUGGUACACAAGUGGUAUUUCAUCAGACCAGCUGCCGCAUUUGGACGGAGAGUUCCCAACGUCCAAGAUGUUGGAAUCUAUGUUGGUUUAUGCUCAGUUCUACAGACAAGGUGGUACGGGCCAUCCAUACCACUCUGCUGUGUAGGGUUGUCAACCUGUACCACCAAGGUCAGGGAGGUGGACAUUCCGAUGUGCACUGUGGGUGAUACAUCCUACCCCUUUCUCUCCUGGCUAAUGAAGCUCUACAUGGGACACCUGGACCCCACCACAGAACAAUUCAAUGCCAAGUUCAGAAGAUGCCUCAUCAUGGCAGAGGGUGCUUUUGGCUGCCUCAGAGGAAGGUUCCUGUGUCUCCUCACCCACCUGGACCCUGGCAACUGGAACAACCCCCAGGUGGUGGUAGCCUGCUGUGUCCUUCACAACCUGGGUGAGAACAAGGGGGAUAUGUUCCCAUCAGGAUGGGGGGCAAAGACUGAGUGGCUUGCUAGAGCUUUUGAGCAACCAUGCACUGCUGCCAUCCGACAAACCCAGGGGGCCUGUGCGCAUCUGGGAGGCCCUGAGGGAGAGUUUCAGCCAAGGCCAGCUGUGACACUCUUCCCUUGGGCCUCCCCAUAAGAGGCCUCUGCAUAGCUCCUGUGUGCCUUUCCUCUCCCACCCCUUCCAUCCCCUCCCUGCUGCACUCCACCC